AGUGGUGCAGGAAGUAGAUUCAGCACGGUUUGGUUGCGAGUGUUGAUGUUUAUAUUUAUUGAGUUUGAGUGUGAAAUGCUGUGUGUGCGGAAGUAAAACGCAUUAAAUAGUUAAGAAAUAAAGAAGUUCCCGGAUCUGAAACUGCUUUCUACGGAACCGGGCGGCUGGCGGUAUGUACCGAGGCCCUAGGCCGCACCGAGGAGCGUAUCCUCCCGCAGCGUCUCGCGGCUUCGCUCCUCGCGGCCCGCCUCCUGCGAGCUCGUUUUCUAGCGCUCCGUACAGCAGUGAGCACGCGCGAGGCAGUAACGGCUAUCCGCAUGGCUACCGUCGGAACCCGGAGCAUCCGAGGAGGCGCUACUCAUCACCGGGGAGAGGCGACGGGCCUCCCAGAGACUACGGACAUAGAUAUACCCCUUCACCCCCACAUGGUGGUCUCCCCACUGACCAUAGUCUUGUUAUAACUGUGGGCAACGAGUUGACGGGCUUAUCCCAGGGCGCUGGAGCAGAGGUUCCCUAUGCCAGAGAUUAUUCUCCAAAGCAGUCAAGAUAUGAGGCCCAUGAUGAGCGAGGUUCAAGCAGGUACAGUCAUAGCCGUCAUAGGAACAGGGGAUGGAGCCGCAGUCCAGAUAGGAUUCAGAGCAGAAGUCGCCCUCGUAGCAGAAGCCGCAGUCGUGCAAUAAGUCGUAGCAGGGCACUGAGCCGAGGACGUAGCAGACCACGCAGCAGGAGUAAGAGUAGGAGCCGGAGCAGGGGAAGGAGUAGAGCAAGAAGCAGGGCGAGGAGCAAAAGUAGACCGCACAGCAGGAGCCGGAGCAGGGGGCGGAGUCGGAGCAGGAAAAGGAGCCGAAGUAGGGGACGCAGCUGGAGCAGGGGACGCAGCCGAAGCAGGGGCCGAAGCCGCAGUGGCAGCAGUAGCUGUAGCAGUAGCAGCAGAAACGGCAAGAGAGAUAAUGAAGACUUCAGAGAGCUUGAAAAGGCUCGCAGACGUAAAGAACUGGAGGACAUGCUGACGAUGCCCACUAAGUCUAUCUUAAAAAAGAGAGUUGACUCCUCUGAAACUGAAUCUCCUAUGAUUGGUCAGAGUACCGAAUCGCCACAAGGCAUUGGUCUUUCAAAGGAUGCUGAAGAAUUACUAUGUGCAGUAACUAAAAGCAUGGACCCAGACUUACUGGCAUCAGUGUUGGCUCGAAAUUCUAAUGCCAGUGCCCUUGAAGAGCUCUUAAGCAAACUACAGCCUGCAAAAGAGAGUGGGCAUGGGUUCCCCCUUCCUCAUGAAAGUAGCACCCAGGAUAAUUCAGACCUGACUCAGCUCCUCAGUGUAAUGACAGAGUCAGUAGGCCAACCACCAGACAAAAAGAAAAGCUUUGUAGAUAUUGAAGAUGAAGAGAAGUUCCUGUAUGGGGAUGAAGAAGAUGAAGAGAAAGCAGCUAAAACCGAAACGCCUAGAUCUGAAAAAUGUAGCUUACUGGAUGCCUAUGAGAAAACUGGACCUGAUGUGUUGUAUCAUGAAUCAAAGACUGGAGUUGUACAUGAUUUACACAAGAAAGAAUAUGGACGUUCUUACAGUCAUGGACAUCCUGAACAAGAUGAAAGUCAAAUGACUAAACAGAGCAAAUAUAGGGAUAUUCAGUAUCCGUCAGCCUCACCUGGGCAACAACUGGAUAAGGAUCUUCAGAGCAACCCACAGAUAGCUGGGUCUCAUGAAGCGCAAGUGAGGGCGGAAGUGGAAGAAUAUGAGAAGAUACAAGAUCUCCUUAAGACUAUUGGUCUUGACUUGGGAGUAGCUGAGAUCAGCAAGAUGGCUGCCAGGACGCAAGAGCGCCUACAAGGUAAGAAUCCUAAAGCGUCAUCUGUCAAAAGGCAACAGUCUGACCGGAGACGCCGUAGCCACACCAGGAGUUCCAGUAGCAACAGCAGAAGCAGGAGCAGCAGCAGGAGUACGAGCAGGGGAAGCAGUCGGAGUCGAAGAAGCAGCUUUGAGCGCAUCUCUAAUCGUAGCAGGAAGAGGUCUGUUCCUCUUGAGAGGUGUUCAUCGCGAUCAGACAGUCAGAGUCAGAGGGACGUUCGGCCUGUCACUAAACCAGAAGAUAACUUGUGGACUAACACGGGUCCCCUGCCUCCUGAAGUUGUAAAUCCUGGAACAAAUAAUUUCCCAGCUCACGCUGCCCAUCCGAUGCCUCCCUAUCCACAGCCACACACACGUGGAAUCAUGCCCCCCAACUACCCUCCACCUGGUUAUGAUCCUUAUGGGAACUACAUGCCAUAUAUGCCCCAAACCUGGCCUAUGUACCCACCCCCUAAUAUGCCACUGCCACCACAAGCUCCCAUGAACGAUUACAGUUCCCCCGUCAUAGAGCGACCCUUCCUGAAAGUAAUCAACACCGAUGCAAAUGCAGCUCAAGGCUCAAAGAUGGACCCACUACAGACCAUGACAAUUGCCUGCAGUGGAAACCAGAGGAGGGUAACUGACGAAACAAAUAAUGCCAAUCAAAAGCUAAAGGUAACUGAAGAGCUUGAAAAGCUAAAGAAGGACAGAGAUACACGUUUGAAGAAAAAAGAUAAUUUAAUGAAAGAGUUGGAGACACUGCGAAAGCAGCAAGGGGAACUCCUAAGGAAAAAACGGCGGGAGAAAGAUGGUCAUAAGGAUCCCAUUCUUAUGGAGCUUGGCCGUCUUCAAGAGGAAGUGAUGGCCCAGAUAUCCAGUUUGCGCACCGAACACGAAGCAGCAGAGGAGAAGUAUGAAGAACUUGUUAAGGUGGCAACAAUACUGGGGCUGGACCACAAAAACCUAAGGAGCUCUGGGGAUCAUGAGCAUGCGCCUUCUCAUAGCAAGUCUAAAGAGCCCAAAAGCCCAGAGAAAUCCAAGGCUGCCUCCACCACAACCACAACUCAGAGUACCAAGUCAUCAGCAUCAGGAGCCAGCACCAAAUCAGAUUCAUUAGCUGACGUAUUUGAGUACUAUGAUGCAGGAAACCAUUGGUGCAAAAAUUGCAACGUUACUAGCGGUUCCAUGUUUGAUUUUUUUACUCACUUGCACAGCAAAAUGCACAGAAAGACUUUAGAUCCCUACAUCAGACCUUGGGCAUCAAAUUCCGAGCGUGAGAAGAAGCACCCUACAGGCGAACUAAUUUCCAAACCAGCAAAAGGCUCUGAAUUUUUGUUACCUGUGAGGGGAUUUUUCUGCCAGCUGUGUAAAGACUUUUUUGGUGACCCUAUUUGCGCAGAGACCCAUGUUUUAUGCCAUGUGCACAACGAGAAGUAUAAGAAACAAAUGUAUGAAAACCCUCUUUAUGAACAACGGAGAAAACUGGAUCGCCAAGCUGGCAUGGAGAGUGGAAAAAAGCAAAUGGAGCACAAACGUAAGCGUGAGGAUGAUGACUCGCAGGAUGAGCAGAAAAAUUUUAAGUCCAGCAAAGAUCAAGUAAAAAAGCCCAAAUGCAAGAACGAAGAAGAGGAUAGACCCAAAUCCAUCAAGGACGAGGAACGAAAAGUAAAACAUAUUAAAGAGGAAGAGAAUAAACCUAGAGGUAAAAAAGAGGAGACUGAGAGGACCAAAGGUAGAAAAGAAGAAGAGGAGAGGGCCAGAUAUACAAAGGAAGAAGUGGAGAGGAGCAAGUACAGAAAGGAAGAGGAUGAGAGAUAUAAACAGAAGAAAGGGGAUGAAGAGAGCUACAAGUCUGAAGAAGACAAAUAUAGAUACAAGGAAGAAAAUCGUUACAGGUACAGAGAAGAUAAUGAGAAGUAUAGAUACAGGAAGGAAGAAGAGAAAUCUAGGUUCCGGAAGGAUGAUGACAGAAAAUACAAGUAUGGUCAUGAAACUGAGGAAGAGAGGAGACCAAAACACAGGGAGGAAGAAGGCUUAAAGUUUAUGAAAUCAAAAUGGGAGGAAGAUGAUGAUGAGGAAGAGAGGCCCAAAUAUGCGAAAAAAGAAGAUAAAAAGCAACACCAAAAAGGAGGCCACAAAGAUGAGAAAGAGAAAUCCUCUUUGAAAGAUGCCAAGAAUGACCCUGAGAAGCUUACUGAUCUCCCUAAGGUUCUUUGUGGGCCAAGCCCAGCCAUGCUUGCAAAACUUCGCAAAAAGAAUGAGGAGGCCACUUUGCGUCCUACUUUCGGAAAAUUCACAUGGAAAAAAUCUGAAAAGACUGCACUGGAGAAGGAAGCCGAGAAAAUUGCAGAGCAGUUUAUGAAGGAAGACGAGGAGAGUGCUGUAGCUGCAGCAUCAAGUAAAGACUCUGAGGAUCAGGAGGCUUUUGCCAAGUCUGUGGCUGCUGCCAAGAGUAUUGCUAUAAAACUGUCAGGUAAAACAGCUAUUGCCCCUUCCCAUGAAUGGGUAGCCUUUAACCAGGUAAAAAUUCGUCCUAAUUUACCGACCCCUUCUAAUAUUCUGAGGAAGUCUAAUGCUGGACUUCAAAACAAACCAGUUUCUGCUGAGACACCCUCUGUAAGUGUACCAACCAUGGAUGCAAGCAACGCAUCUUCUGAAACUGUGACAAAAAAACAAGCAGAAAAUGAAGACAUGCCAGCUGAUUUAACCACUAAGGCAAUUGGUGGUGAGGAGGUACAGUUGAACAUUCCAGGUGAUAACUCAUCCAGUCUUACACCUGCUUCUGUCUCUGUACCAAUUACUCCAACUGUAACACCUCCAAAACCCACAGUCCAGGAGGUGGAUGCUGUCACCAUACAAACCCCUGCUGAAUGUAUGGUCACUCUCGGGUCUGAUGUAGCUGCUCCUGGAGUACCAGAGGAGGAACACAACUUAACAGUCAUGGUCCGUCCUCCUCCUCAACUUCAAAACCUCAGUAGUUACUCUUCUUCAAAAACAGGCAAGCCAAAAUCAAGUCUGGCUACAGCAAAAGCAAAAGACUUAUUUGGCAUUUUUUAUGGCAGCAGCACUGUGACUAGCUGCAGUGGUUCUAGUGCUGGCAAUAAGGUUGGCUGUAAACAAGACUCCAAACCUCAUUUAGGAAGUUUGAUGACAACUGUGGAUAAAAAAACAACAAACGAGGAGGAUACAAACACGAAACACUCAACUGAGGUCUCUAGCUUGAAGUGUGAGGAGCCAUCUGAGGACAGAGGAGCACAGUCUGAACCACCAGCUUUUGAUCUUGAAGUGGAACCACUUGUAGUCUCAAAAGUAGAAGAGCAUAGUGGAAGUAUGGACAUGGAGACAGUCGAUUGCAAGAACGAAGCAGAACCUCUGGACUGUUUAGCCAAUUCAGAAAUCAUGGAGAACAUUGAAAUUAUGGGAACAAAUGAUGACCAAAACCCAAUGGAUCCUGAAGAGGCUAUAAAUCUUUCAUUCUCCCCUCCACCAGGUUCUUUUACAGAGCAACUGAACUUGGACACCUUUGAGUUCAGUUUUGAUUCUUUGUAAAGAACCACCAUCCAGUAGGUUUAGGGAUGUGCAUGAAACCUACGAAUGUUUUAGACAUUGAUCUAAAAACUUUUCAUUUAUAUUAUUUGGUUGAGAUGUUUCAUGUAUCUUCUUAAACUUUUUGGCAGGUAAUGCCAGUGAAAUGAUGGACUGACAAGCACUCAUUUUGAAGGGAAGGAGAUUCCACUGAAAGAAUGAGCAGUUUCUCAACAAGUAAUUAAUCAAUAGCAUAUGUAAAAUGUUGCACAGUUUUUGUUUAAGUACAGGGUUUUGAACUCCCUGCUUUUUCUUGCUUUGUUUGCAGCUGAAACAGUUCCUUUAAAAAGAAAGGUAAUGUAGAACAUCAUUUUAUAUAAUCUGUUUGAGAGUGCAUAAACUUCAAGUCUGAAUCCAUUCAUCCUUCCAAUUAAGUAAAUCAAGGAUAUUUUAAUACAGGAGCCAGAGAGAUCCAAGGUCAGAAGAAAAAAAGAAUUGAUGUGGAGCUCACGCUACAAGGACAAAAAUGUCUUGAAAUACAUUUGUACUUUUGGGUCCAGCAUAAGCUGUUCUCAGAUGUUGUCUUUGCAGCUGUUAAUAGUUGAUACAAUUCUCAAGUUCUGGUCCUGUAUGCUAUUAGGUAAAAUACUGUACACUGUUAAUUUCUAUAUUACUCUUGGUUGUUCUGUAGUUUCUGGUGUAUACAGUCAAGUGCAAAUAAAUUUCAGUGACUCCC